GUGAUUGCAGUUGCUACCUCAGCUGCUGGAGUUCAGUUGCGUUGAGCAAACGUGUGAAGAGCACGUGUAGUUGCAUGUAGCUAGAUUUAGCCUAUCUGCGUUGACAUUCUGUCAGAGUACUUCUGGGUGUCCACUUGAUUUCGUGCCCGUUGGUGUGGUUUGAGUCUUUUCUUCUAAACGUUAUGCCGGUGGUGAGGCUACGUCAUUUUGUAAGCAGCUAUGGUCAACAGACUAGAAAACCUUCUCUUCACGCAAGUCCAGUGGUAGGUGAGUUUCACAUGUUGGCGUCUGAUCUCGUAGAUAGAACAGGAUCUACGAGAUCAGAACGAUUAGAUACGGCAAGACUUCUAGGUCAUCCCGCUUCUCAACUAGUCCUAUAAGUUAAGAACUCUACAAUUUCAAUGAUUUCUUGGGGUAAAAUUUGGCAAACUAACAGAAUGGAAGGUAGACUUGACUGUAUACAAUUUGGAGCUUCUGGACUGAAAGAGUACAGCUCAUCUCGUUUAUGUGAUCCUGUUGUGCUCGUCUAGUAACUGCAGAUUCAGGCUUUGGGCCUGGAUUUGGGUUUGGCGCAGGUGCUGUGCUGGGAGUUUGUGUCAUCGGCGUCUUGUUCUUCUACAUUGCACGGCGCUGGCGCAAGUAUCGACGUAUCGGCCAUCGUCUCCGGUCUCGACCGGCUGGUGCUCCAGGGAUCUCACUUCCUAAAGUUCGAGCUUCACUGACAACCACAUCUCUUACGGCUCCUCUAGGCAGUAGAAUAGACAGCUCUACAAACCUAUUGGCUGACACAAAGACGGAACUGAAACAAAGUCUCUCUCUUCCCGUUGAAGUCUGUCGCAAGAGACGAAACUCUACUCAAAGCUCAGAAGAUGUAUUCAGCAACAAAAGUCCCGAUAUUAUCGAUAAUGCCUUUCCUACCUUGGACGCAAUUGCCGAGGCACCUGCAUUAGGAACUCUUCAGUAUUCAGUCAGGUUUAGCUCUCAGGUUAGCGAACUAGAAGUGCACAUCAUCUCUGCUAGUCAUCUCACUUCUAGCGGUAUGACGGGACACUGUAACCCGUACGUUAUCGUUUCUCUUUCUCCGAGCAAGUCUCCGUCUCAAGAGAGUGCCGUGCUUGUCGACACGACCAAUCCACAGUUCGAUGAGACGUUUUCGUUUCCUAUUAAAAACGCGACCGAGUUGAGCUCUAAGUGUCUUCACAUUCGCGUUGCCAGCUAUGACCAGUUUUCCACGUGUCGCGUAUUGGGAGAAGUCGAACAUCUGUUGGGCAGCGGCGACACCGAUUCUUCUUAUUGCUAUCAACGAUACUUGGAGGCACCUGGAGCAAAGCAACACAAAUACAAGAUUCACAGAGGAGAUAUGCUACUUUCUCUCGGCUAUCAAAGUCGCUCCAAUAGAAUUACAGUUGUUAUUCUGAAAGCAAGAAACUUGAAGGCGGUCACUCUUACCGGCAGUUGUGAUCCCUACGUGAAAGUUUAUCUAAUGGUCGAUGAGAAGAGGUCUGCAAAGAAGAAAACAUCAGUGAAGAAAAAUACGAUAUGUCCCAUCUACAACGAGUCAUUUUUCUUUGAUCUGAGUCCUCGCGACAUCACGAGUCACGACGUUUGUCUUCUUUUUCUGGUCAUGGAUCACAAUCCUGUGCGACAAAACAACGUUAUUGGAAAAGUCGAAGUGGGUCUCGACUGUCUCGAACGUGGAAGAGAUCACUGGAAAGCAAUUACUAAUCAGCCGGGCAAACAGGUUGCAAAAUGGCACACACUCGUUUCGCACGUCAGCAAAAAGUAACUGACUACAGGUGUCCUAUAUAUCGACAGUUCUUCGCUCAUUCCUGUAUACAGGCAGUACUUUGCAAGAAUUGCAGUCUAGCUCUUCGCGUACAAGAACAAAGAAGCAUGUGAUAGUGAUAUAUAGAUACAAAUAUGUCUGUCUGUCUAGUUAAUUAAUUAAAUACUUGCAAAUGCUC